UUUCAGGUGGGUGGAGCUCAGAGAGAGAAAGAAAGAGGAGUGAAACAGAGCGAAGGAAAGAGAGAUAACCAGUGCGGGGGGUAAGUUACUGGGAGCGGUAGAGUGAGAACAGAGAAACAGGUUAGAAAUAAUUGUUUAUAUCAGUAUUAGAGCUACAAACUUCAGGAACCAGUCAGCUUGUACUCUUCACUUUCCUCAUCUUCCUCCCUCUCUACCCUGAAACUCUGGAGCAGAGAGGCUUAGCUGGGUGUGUUGUGUUUGUCUGUCAGGAAUCAGACCAGCAGGUUGGGUCCCAUUCUGGACCUCGCCUCGGUGAAGGUGUCCUCCAUGUGUGUCUGGAGAGGCUCAGACAGCUGGAGCUGUGGCUGCAGGAAUCCCAGAGGAGCCUUCAAGCUGCCGGUGUUGCCGGUGUAGCAACCAUGCAAGACAGCGUGGAACAACAACUACUUACCUGUCAGGAGAUGUAUCUGGAGAUUGAGCAGAAGGUAGCCAGCUUGUCAGCUCUCAGUCAAACCGCUGACCAGCAGCACCAGCAGAGUGAACUGGGAGCUGCGGGAUCCCAGCAGGAGGCAGCUCAGCUUCUUGGCACCAGGCUGGAACUCCUGAAGAACAACCUGGUGUCCUUUCAGCAGCUGCUACAGAACAGACAAGAAGAGGAGAGGAUGAGCAGCAACAAAGGGCCCCAGGAGCAGCAUUCAGUUUCUCAGGCAGAUUACCAGCCUGAGUCUAAAGUGAGGCGCAGCAACAGUGUUCAAGAGAUCUUCUCAUCACCUAAAAACAAACUUCUCAGACAGAGCAGCCUGCAGCAGCAAAAGGAGCUGGAGCACGAGCUUAGUGAACAAAGAGGACUAACUCAGGCCAUCGCCAGGCAUGGCAGCAGAGCGCUGCUUUACAGCCAGGAGGACCACAGCCAGCUCUCACUAAGGUCGCCUCCUGCUGCGGCUGAUGAGGAGGAGGACUCGGCUCAGAAGAAGUGGGAUCACCUUCACAGUCAGCUGCUGACUUUGGAGGAGAGCUGGCUGCUUCCUCCCUCCGAGGUGACAGACUCAUCUGUGAAGCGUAGCAAUGGAACAGCAGGAUGCAUGAUUGCUACAAAAAACCUGAAAGAGCUCCAGACCUGCAUCAGCCAUCUUAGAGAGCUGGGACACACAUCUGCAGAGCUUCUGAAUCAGGCCUGCCCUGCUGAGGGAACCCAUCAGACCCUUGAUGAAGGUUUGUUUCAUGUAUUGCAUGGAGCAUCCCUGUGCCUGGACUCCAUGAAAAGCAUGCUGUGCUCACCUGUUCUGGUGACAGAUGAAGAAGAACCCCAGCUAAGGCUGCUUCACCUACGGAGUCUCUCAGCAGAGCUUGUCACCCUUGGCAGUGAGCUUGUUUCUCAGGGGUCAAAGGUCAGCAAUGUAUUGGGGUCAAAGUGUGGUCAGCAGUGCGUUGAUGAUCUGUGCAGACUACUUCCUGUGGUCGAGAUCGCGCUGGCCAGCAGAGAGAAGCAGCUCAGGAUCCUGCAGGAGGACAGUGCAGAGAAACAGGCUGCUGCUCAGAUCCAAGAGUCUCUGCAGCAGCAGGUCGAGCAGGUCAACUCCGUACUGGAGGAGGCUGCCCAACACAAUCUGCCUGCCUCUCUCAUCCACCAGGCCACACAGCUGCAGGGUGAGUUGGAUACAGUAGUGGGUGGUGUCCGUUCCCACUGUGAGGAGCUGAAGAGUGGCGUGGAACUGCAGAAGCAAUAUGAGCAGCUGGUCCACAGCUUUGAGGACCUGCUCAGUCUGGGCUCUGACAGUUUCACUCAGCAGCCUGACACAGCGCUCCAGAGCAGGGCCCAGCUCCAGAAGAAGCUAAGCAGUCAUAUGAGGUUUUUCCAGUUCCUGGGUGAUCACUUUGAAAUCCUGAGGUACCUGACCAAUAGAGUCCCAGAUAUGCCCCUAGAAAAAUGGGAGGGCACAAUAAAGGGUCUGCAGGACCAGGUGGCUCGACUGCAGCAGGAUGGACUGGAGAAAGGGACCAAGAUGCAGGAAACAUUAGAGAUGUGGUCACAAUGGGAGAAGGACAGUGCAUGGUCCAACUCUUUGAUGAGAAGUAUUGAGACAUCAUUUCCCAAGAUCCCUGAGGGAUCUGAGCAGGAAUCAGAGAAGCCUCUCAGCUACAAGGAGCUGCAUCGCAUUUUGGAGGAGAAUGAAGCGCGGGUCAGUCAGAUGCUGGAGAGAGGCCGGCGACUGCAGAGAGCGGGUUGUAGUGGAGUGGGUGUGUCUGUCUGUAAACUGGAGGCUCGCUGGAGAUCUUUGCACAAGAGGCUGGAACAUGAACGCACCAGCUUUGACAAAGAAAGGAAACUGAAGAGCAGGUUUCGUCACAACUCUGCCACGCUGUCUCAGUGGAUGGAUGAGGCUAGACAGCGGAUUGAUAGAUGGAGUGAGCUCAGUGAGGAGAUGGAUGUUGAACAGAGGCGUGAGCUCUACCUCCAGUCUGUGGCUUUGACCAAAGAGUUGGAAGCCAAAUCUGAAGUAAAGGUGGCAGUGACCGGUUCUUCGUCCCAGCUGCUGCAGCUGAGGGAACCACACUCAGAUAGAGAUCCUGAGGAUAAGGGGACUCCUCUGCCCAAGACUUCUGACAUAGAUAUGUGCUCCAUCAAUGCUCAGCUCAGACAGAUAGAGUUGGACUGGUCCAGUCUUCUCAUUGAUGUGCCUGUUAUCCAACAAACUCUGCAAAAGCGAUGGUUAGAGAUGGAGACACAGCAGGGGGCGCUGCUGGAGUUGCAGGCCUGGCUCGGAGCAGCUGAGUGUCAGUUGGAGGAGUACUGCAACAAAAUCAACAAAAACUCCUGCACCAACAAUGAUCUCACCCAGCUCCUGAAAUACUGCAAGGAGUCUCAGACAGAGAUGUGUGCACAUCAGAUUACAGUGGACUAUGUGAACCAGCCAUUACAGCCAAAUAGUACUGAGAAGGACCACAGGUUGCGCUACGAACAAAACCAGUAUGCAGAGGAGCAGGGUCGCCUCAACCAUCAGUGGCUCAGUUUGCAGGAAAAACUCAACUCUAAGAUUCAGGAGAUUGAACAGGAGUUGAGGAACAGAGUGGAGUGGGAUGCCCGACUGCAGCGGAUCAACAGCUGGAUCGCGGAUCAAAACCUCUGGAUGGACUCAGCUCAGACACCCAGCAGCCAGACGGAGCUACAGAGGAGCAACAGCGUCUGCCAGGAUCUUGAGGAGAAGAUUAUGCAGAAGUCUGCAGCUCUUCAGGAGCUGAUAGACAAAGUUGGUGGCAGACAAGAAAACAGGAGCUGCAAUUUUAUCUGUCAAAUAGAUAAAUCCAUCGAGGCCUGCACAGCUCUCACACAGAGGAACGACUCAGUAAAACAGAGGCUAACUCAGGCCCAGCUGUUAUGGAACAACAUGGAGGAGAAGCUGAGUCACAUGGUGCUGAAAACAGUGAGAGCAUCUCAGACUCUAGAGUAUUACCGUGGCCCCCGGCUCUCCCUGCAGGCACACACAGAUCUCCAUGAAAAGCUGCAGCUUCUUCAACAGGAGACAGAAGCCUCAGAGGUAGAGUGGGACAAACUUGGUCAGAACAUCCUCUCUCUUAGAGAUACCAUCAGUCCUGCUGCUGCUGCCAUCAUCAGCAAAUGUCUGGACAGGCAGAGAGACAGUUGGACUACAGUGACUGGAGCUCUGGGCCAGCAGCUCCAGAGAUGUCAGAAGGUCCUGACUGUGUGGCAGGUUUAUGAUAAGCGUGCUGGGUCUCUGACAGAGCAACUGCAGGCACUACAGAGUGAGGCCACAUCUGUGCUGAGCAGCACACCUGCACAGGACAACACAGUGGAGCUGUUCACUGUCAAGAUAGAAAAUGUUCAGAGUCUCUUGCAGAGGACAGACACCUUGCAGUCUGACCUGGAGGGGGUGCUGGAAGCCUCCAAGGACUUGAUUAGCCACCUGGAACCUUCAGCCGCCAGUCUGGUCCAAUCAGAGUGCCGCUUGUUGCCACGUGGUGUCCUGCAGCUCAGACAGCAGCUGUCUAGGAAGCUGGGCCACCUGCAGGAGGAGCUUAAGCAGGUGCAGGAGUUUGAAAAUGUGCUGGAGUCACUGGAGAGGAAUCUGGAGGUCUGGCAGCAGCGCCUGGAGGAUCCAGUUCUGAAGGCAGACCAGUCUGGCCUCAUGGAGCUGAGCGGCCUGUCUGCUGACCUCGAUGUGCUCAACGAGCGGAGCUGCAGUCUGACGCUGGAGGACGCUGCAGCACACCGCCUGCAAUUCCUCAACCGCCAUUGGGCCGAUGCCUACACCAGAGCUGAGGAGGCCUGCAGUGAGCUACAGACGGAGGUGCUGAGGCAGCAGAAGUUUGAGCAGAAGUGUGAAAGCUGGAUGUCGUUCCUGCAGAGGAUGGAGGACAGCCUGGCUGUAGACGUAGCGGGAUCGUACGACGGCCUCAGACAGCAGCUCUGUACUCACAAGCGCUUUCAGGCUGAGCUCUCCAUUGGUCACCAGAUCCUUCACUCAGUCAUCACUGAUGCUCUUCAUCUGCUGCAGAAAGGAGAGGUGGAGGGCAGGAGCGACUUCAUCCUAAAGCUGGCCCAGCUCAGAGAGCAGUGGCAGGGAGCAGUACAGCGGGCUGACCAGCGGCGCUCUUUGGUGGAGGGGUUGGUGAAGCACUGGCACCUGUACAGCCGCAGCCUGAGAAAGCUCCAGAGGUUCCUUGCGGACACGCAGACCCUGCUCCCCUCAGCCGGACUAACCUGCUGUAGCCUGCAGCAGCUCCGACGCUCCCUCCACGACCUGCAGCACACAGAGCUGUUGUUCCAGAGGUAUCAGAGCAGUUUCAUCAACACUCUGGAGGUGGGCCGUCAGCUGUUCUCCAUGGGGGACGAGGACACCCAGACUCAGCUUCAGACAGAUCUGGGGACACUGCAGGAGGAGUGGGACAGUCUUCACAGCUUGCUGUCCAAAAGACUGGAGCUCACCGAGGCUAUAAUCAAGAACUGGGAGCGCUGCGAGGCUGGGCUAACAGAUAGCAUGCUGCAGCUUAAAGACAUGAAGACCAGGCGGAACCAGACCAUGCCAGAGUGUGAUGACGACCUGGAGAGUGCAAAGCUCUACAAGAAGAACAAGAUCUCCCUGGAGGACUGGGCUGAGAGCCUGACGGAGCUGAGCAGCAUGAAGACGGAUCUGUCCCAGUACAUCAUUGCUGACGAUGUCCUGCUGCUGCAGGAGCAGGUGGAGCACCUGCACUGCCAGUGGGAGGAACUCUGCUUCAAGGUGUCCCUGCGUAAACAGGAGAUCGCAGACCGCCUGAACGCUUGGAUCAUCUUCAAUGAGAAGAACAAGGAGCUGUGUGAGUGGCUGACGCAAAUGGAGAACAAGGUGGCGCACAACUCCGAUCUCAACAUCGAGGAAAUGGUCGAGAAACUCAAGAAGGACUGUAUGGAGGAGAUCAACCUGUUCAGUGAGAAUAAAACACACCUAAAGAAGCUUGGAGAGCAGCUCAUCACAGCCAGCAACAAGACAAAGGAAACGGAGAUCAACGACAAGCUGAAGGAUGUCAACGACCGCUGGCAACAUCUGUUUGAUCACAUAGAGGCCAGGGUGAGGAAGCUGAAAGAGACGCUGGUGACGGUGCAGCAACUUGAUAAGAACAUGAGCAACCUGCGGACGUGGCUGUCCCGUAUUGAGGCAGAGCUAGCCAAGCCGGUGGUCUACAGCACCUGCCACAGUGAUGAGAUUCAGAGGAAACUAGCUGAACAGCAGGAUCUGCAGCGGGACAUCGAGCAGCACACAGAGAGUGUGGCCUCGGUGCUGACGUUAUGCGACGUCCUGCUCCACGAUGCCGAUGCCUGCGGCAGUGACUCAGAGAAUGACUCGAUCCAGCAGACCACCCUCAGCCUGGACCGCCGCUGGAGAAACAUCUGUGCCAUGUCCAUGGAGAGGAGGAUGAGAAUUGAGGAAACCUGGCGUCUCUGGUGUAAGUUCCUCGAUGACUACUCUCGCUUUGAACACUGGCUGAAGACGGCAGAACUGACGGCAGCCAGCCCCGACUCUGCCGACGUCCUCUACACCAGCGCCAAGGAGGAACUCAAGAAGUUUGAGGCGUUCCAGCGGCAGGUUCAUGAGCGCCUGACUCAGCUGGAGCUGGUCAACAAACAGUACCGCCGUCUGGCCCGAGAGAACCGCACCGACGCCGCCAGCAAACUUAAAGUCAUGGUCCACGAGGGGAACCAGCGGUGGGACAGCCUGCAGAGGAGGGUCGCUGCCGUGCUCCGCAGACUGAAGUAUUUUACGUCUCAAAGAGAAGACUUUGAGGGAACUCGUGAGGGGAUCCUCGUUUGGCUGACUGAAAUGGACCUUCAGCUCACCAAUGUGGAGCACUUCUCAGAGAGCGAUAUCGAAGAGAAAAUGAGAGAGCUAAACGGUUUUCAGCAGGAGAUUACCCUGAACACCAACAAAAUCGAUGCCCUGAUCGUAUUUGGGGAGAACCUGAUCCAGAAGAGUGCUCCUCUGGACGCUGUGCUUAUUGAGGAUGAGCUGGAGGAGCUCCACUCCUACUGCCAGGAGGUGUUUGGCAGGGUGGCUCGCUUCCAUCACCGCCUAGUGAAUAGACGUCCGGUUCUGGAAGAGGAGGAGGAGAGGGAGAUGUCAGACCGUGAACCAGACCGAGACGAUUCACCCGAUUUGACCCCGUCCUGGAUGGCGGAGAGGAGAAGGAAGGAGGUUGAUAUAGCUUCAGCAGUGGGAGGAGUUUCAGGUGGACCACAGGUGAUGUGCCACCUCCUGGUACCCCCUAUAGAGCGAUCAGGAAGAGAGACCCCCGUCAGUGUGGAUUCCAUCCCCCUAGAGUGGGAUCACACAGUCGACGUGGGGGGGUCAUCAUCCCAUGAGGACGACGAGGAUGCCACCUUCUUCAGCGCUCUGUCAGUGAAGUCAGUGACUGACACGCCUAGCUGGCACCUGCCUGGCUCCCCGGAGAGGAAACAGCUUCCUCGAGAUAUCAUCCAAGCCCUGAGCUCACUCCCUACACAUACAACCAGCACUCCCUUCCACCAGCAGGGCUAUGCGAAGCUAAUGUCAGAGUGCAGUGGCAGCAUCGACAGCGUGAAGAGAGUCAAACUCAUGCUGAACGAUGAGGAGGAGCUGGAGGAUGCAGGCCUGACCAGCAGCACGGCCAGCAAGCAAACCAGCACGGGUGUUAUCGAGCGCUGGGAGCUGCUACAAGCACAAAAAAACGCAGCAGAGAUCAAGCAGGACCUGGAACAGUGGCAGAAGCUCAACUCUGACCUCUCUGAUGUCACUUCCUGGCUUGGCAGGGUGCUGCCAGAGCUGGAGAGGCUGCAGAGAAUAGCACCGUCCACCAGCAUCCGAGACAUCGAGGUCAACAUCAGGAAACUCAAGGAGAUGCAGAAGAUUUUCAACAGCUACAAGUGUCUGAUGAUCUCCAUCAACCUGAGCAGCCGUCAUUUCCUGCGUGGCGACAGCACCGAGCUGCACGAGCAGCAGGAGGCCCUGGACUCAGCCAAUCACAGCUGGACUCAGGCCUGCAGCGGCCUGGAGAGCUGGGAGAGGAGCCUGCACUCUGCUGUCAUGCAGUGUCAGGAGUUUCACAAGACGCUACACUCGCUACUGCUGUGGCUCGCUCAGGCUGAGGACAAACUCCGCACAGUGAACGUCAACGACCGCUCGCACUCUGCACUCCUGCAGCACAGAGACACGCUCACAGCUCUGCAGGAGGAGCUGCGUGGCCGGCAACGGCGGGUUUCAUCACUGCAGGCAAUCUCCUCCCAACUUCUCCUGGAGGCCACUGGAGAGGACAGUGUAGAGGCCAAAGAGAAGGUCCACGUCAUCAGCAACAAGCUGCAUCUCCUGCUACGGCAGGUGGCUGCAGACCUGCGUACGCUGCAGGGAACAAUGGAAACCUGCUCCACCAGUUCUGAAGUAGAAAGCAUUGGUCUGGGAAAGCUCAGCUCACCGUUUCUGCAACAGGAGGAGGCUGGUCUGCAGGCAGCUACGGUCAGACAAUCGGCAACCAAAAGGGAGGAGAGACAGGACUCUUCCCCACAGCGACCCCUCUUCUACCGAGUUCUGCGAGCUGCCUUCCCCCUACACCUGCUCCUCUUCAUGCUCCUGGUUCUGGCCUGCCUGGUGCCUCUCUCUGAAGAGAACUACAGCUGUACACUGUCCAACAACUUUGCCCGAUCUUUCUACCCCAUGCUGCACUACACCAACGGCCCCCCACCCACAUGAUCACUGCCACACUUUGUGUCCACGUUCUCCUUAUAAAGGGAUAGUAGUGGGGAAAAAACAAAACAGCCAUAUAUUGGAGGUGAAAAUCCCGAAUAGACACCGUUAACAAUGUCACGGGUCAUGUACCUUCUCCCUCCCAUACAAAAAUGAAGCUCACAGCUCUUCAUGUCUGAAGGAAUCAUGUGUUCUUCACUCUAAACUUUAUUACUGUAUUAAAUUAUUUAUUUAUUUAUGCUCCUAAAUAAGAAGCCAUAUCACUGCUGUGUUUAAGUUGUGAUUUUUAUAUGUAGAUUUGCCAGCUGAUUCCCCGACUGAAACUAUUUCACACUUCAGAUUCAGACGGUGCAGAAGGAAAAAAGGCUACAAGAUUUAUUUUGAUAUCUUCUAUUUUGUAUAGUGCGGUAUGAGGGAUUAGAGGGUGGUUAUUACCAAAGCAACUGAAGAAAUUUGAGGAGUACACCAGCCAUUUUCUACCACUGCAGCUAUUUGUACCGAUUUUGUUUGUUUAGGGGGUUUCUUUAUGUUCGGGGGGGUGGGGCAGACACUUGUUAAAAGCACAUUUUGUACAGAAAGGAAAAGACGUGGGUUCUUUUUCUUAUUUGGCUUUUGAAAUAUUCAAAAUAUGAAAAAUUGUAAGAGUUUUUUUCUUGUAAAUAAUGGCAGUGACUCAUCAGCAGACAUGCCUUUGUGUAUCCAACAGAACAACCAUUCUUUUAACUCAUAAUGUUCCCAGAGUGUUUUUGAUGUUAUAAAUGAAUCUUGUAUAUAACAGCAAACUACUAAGAAAAAAGGGUAAAUUGUUGCUUUCAACUGUGCUAUUUAGCCGGGUUGUAAUUUAAAAACUCUUAAGUUAAUAUAUUGAAAAUUUGAUAAACAAACUUUUAAGAGUCAGUGUGAUGAAUAUUUUCCUAUGAUAUACGUGUGAUAUUUUAGCCGAUCACUCAACCUAAGAGUCACCUUGAUGCAGCUGUGGUUGCUGUUUCCUGACAAAGUUGCACAUUAACUGGCUGCAGCUAACUUUGUUCACCUGCUCUUUGGCCCUUUUUGCCUAAAAGAGCGAGCUGUAGGUUCACAGGUAGUUGGUGGGCUAGCCAGCGAUGCACAAAUACUUAAUUCCUCCUCUCAGGUGUCCCAUAGCUCAGACAGAUAAUUAACAUUGUUAUACUAAACAAUUUAAAUGAAUAUAAAAAUCUCACAGCUGUAGGAACAAAUUCUCUUCUAAAGGUAACUGCCAUUUUUACUGCUAAAAUAUUAUGGAGAGGGUAAAUAUUAUUGACAAAUUUGCUCAUGACAGUUUCCUCACAAAGUCGAUGUGCAGCUUUACAACAACAACAACCCCCAAAAGGCUAAAAACACAGGCUACAGAGCUGGUAGUUGACUGUGGUAUUGGGCCUAUAUGUGACUUUUUGUUUCAUGUAACCUCACCCAUGUAUUAUGAAAGGGAAUUUUAUAUUUAUUUUCAGCUCUAUUUAUCAUAAAUUGUACAGCUUUUUUUUUUUUUGAGGUUUGAGCAGGGCUAUCCAACUCGACCAAUGACAUGAAAGUCUGCAACGAUCACCCGUUAUUACGUACACAUGAGAUUUACCUGAAUUCUUUUUUGUUCCAGUGCAGAUGAACAGCGGGUCUCAAGAUCCACACGCAACAAUUUGAGUUGAACUUGAAUGUAAGAAAUCCUUUGAGAGGUGAAUGUAGCUGUGUCCAUGCACAAUCAAAGAUCAUUAAAUGUCUGUAAUUUACUGUUAAAGUUACUGAUAAAUGUUAUACAGAAGACUAUGAACAAUUCAAAACUGUACAUAAUUUCAGCCUCGGCACAAAAGUCUCACAGAACAGAAACAACAAAAGGUGUGUAAGUUUGAUUUAUUUUGUGAUCUCUUAUUUAUGGGACGUACUGUUUGUAAUUUUGAACUGACAAUAAACCAUGUUUGCCACGAUGUGCUGCUGCUGCUGCUGGUUGUGAGUUGACAGAAAAGGCAGGCGAAAAAAUCUGCAAGAUCUGACAUGAAUGUGUGCGGCGUGCACAGAGUGCCAACAGAAACAGUGUCAGAUUUGGGUGUGUGUUCAUGCGUGCACAGUCCACAAACAUCAGGAAAUAAAGCAGA